UCAAGUGCAGUGGUGCAUUAUUUAUAGCCGCCACGUGAACGGUAAUGCACAACUGUUGCUGAUAUAUAUUCGGCAAUUUCCGUACACAUUCGGUUGACUACGUCACAGCUCAAUUAAGGACAAGUGGCAUAGUUUUAAGUAGGGCCGAAAUGAAAAUAAGUCGUAAUACAGCGGGGGAAAAGUCUGCUGAUAGUUUGAUAUCAUCUCAAGCUGUAAGUAAAGAUAUAGAUAAAAAAAAUACCGCACUACUCACAUACAGAAGAUAUAUAGAAACAUUGGCAACAUUUUCUUCCUUCUUUCAAUUACUCAACUUCAAUGAACUUAAUGGGGAAAGGAAAAGAACAAAAGGAGAUAUUUCCGUGAAAGUGAAGUGUUACAAGUGGUAAAGUCCGCAAUGAACGCCUAUAUGGCCGAGCUAUGAUAUCUAAAAACACAAAAAUAUAUAUAUCCACAGUGGAUUACUAUGGUAACACCUCACAGAUCAAUUUUCUCUUGCAAAUAGAGCUAUAUUAAGUGACUGCAGUAGGAAUUAUUUUAUUCUGACAGAAAAUGUUACUACGAGGGAAAAUUGCACGGAAAUAUUGGAAAGCGUUUAUGUACCUACUUCUUAUUACUGCUAUCGCAUUUUACAUUUCAAAGAAUGACCAGAGUUUGGAGAAAAAUCGUGAAGCUGCGAUAAAAACAUCCGCCUUAUAUAAAAUAAAUAAUCGGCGAACUACAAAUCAUGACGUCAAACAGGAAACACGCAGCGUCAGCGUUUUGAAUUUAACCAACCUUCAAAGAGAAGUGACAAAGAAACAACUCCCAAAAUUGUUGAUUAGAAAUCUUACAAUUCGAAAUCAUUUUGAAUUAGAACUUUCUGAUAAGUUUAUAGAUGAUUACUUUAAAGACAAAAACUUCUCGAUUUUCCCUACUUCAUCAAAACCGGAAGUCCGCCAUAUUGCUUUUUUGAAAGUCCACAAAGCUGCCAGUUCAACAUUGCAAAACAUGUUUUUUCGCUUUGGGCGGAAACGAAAUUUAACUUUUGUGUUCACAAAACAUCCGAACUAUUUCUCUAGGUCUAUAAGCAGCCAUAUUCCUCUCGUUCCACCGAAAGUAGGCCAAGGAUAUGACAUAUUGUGCAAUCAUGGUGUCUUUAAUCAUAGCACAUAUUCUUCACUCCUCCCAAAUGACACCGUUUAUAUUGGCAUCGUACGAGAUCCGCUAUCUGUUUUCAUAUCAGCUGUUAAUUUUUAUUCUCAAGAAUCGCAAAAAUUAGGAUAUCUUACAAGGAUUAAAGGACAAAAGUUACAAAAACUCAUUCAUAGACCGGAAGUAUACGAUAGAAGUUUUUUCUCGUAUACGAAGAACGUGAUGGCGCGAGAUUUUGGAUUUCCGCAGACGUUCGAUAACAGUAUUAUCUUUCAGACUCUAAAAGAGCUAGACAAAAUAUUCACUCUUGUUUUAAUUGUUGAACAUUUUGAAGAAUCUCUCGUGCUCAUGAGAAGAUAUUUGAACUGGAAGUUGCAAGAUAUUUUGUUCCUUCCUAACAAUGUUUUCGUGAGUCGAGUGAAAAACACGCCCAAUCUUCCUCGAACCAAGGUUAUAACGGGCCUUAACCAAGCCAGAGCAAAUCCAUGGUAUGGUCAAAGGGGAAUAUUACGAGACCCUUAUCGAGACAAACCCGUGUCUAAGUCUGAUCUAAGUCGGAAAGAUGUGGACCAAUUUAAAAUGAGAAAUAAAAUGGAUUAUUAUGUGCAUUCUUUUUUCACCAAGAAGUUUUGGAAACAGUUUAAAAGUGCGCCUAGUAACAUUGAACAGGAAGUGACAUAUUUCAAACAAGUGCUCGAAAGACUAGCGUUAUUUUGUAAUCAAACGGAUAUUGGAGGGAAUGUCAAGCCAUUGAUUGUUCAAAAAUCACAAUGGAAUGCAGAGUUCACUGUUAGUGCAGAUGAAUGCCUGUAUAUGAAAAUGGAUGAAUUGAAAUUCAUAAAGAUUUUAAGACACAAACAGGGAAGUGAGCUGAGGGAAGCUAAUCACUUCCGGUAUCCUCCAAAACAAUUCAGACUUAGUGUGGACGAUUAUAGAAAAAUGAGUCCACAGCAGAGGCGGAUGUACCAGCAACAGAUAAUUAUGGGUAAUAAUAAACCGAACGAAGUAGGUCACAUUCAGAUGGCUGACCGUGGAUUCGGUCGUGGAAUAUACUCGAGAAAAGGCAUAGUAAAAAGACCCAAAUGAUUUUUUCCGCAUAAGAGCCAGAACUAGCUCUUAUAUGAAGUAAGUAAAGGUACUUAGAAAUCUUUUAGACUGGCCUGGAAACAGUAUAAAGUAAAACGGUGCUGGAACAUCCCCAGAUUUUCUGGAAAUAGUAUUAGGUUGAAAUAGUUGACAAAUGAGCGACUUGUGCUUUGAAAACUUAAUGGAAGUUUUACAAAACAACAGACUGAUUAAUCUGAAUGCUGUGAUAGAAUCAUUAUAUGAAAGGUAAAAAGGUGCUAGAAAAUCAUUAAAGUGUCUUGUAUACUGAUAAAGUAUUCUUUAUAAAGUAACAAUUUGAUAAAAAAUGCGGUGCUGGUCAAAUAGUUUUUAAAGAAAACGUGCUGGAAUUGGCAGAAAGCUGUUAAAAAAAUGAAAAAAUGCGGUGCUGGAAAACAUGAGGAUUCAAAACAGUUUUUAAAGAAAACGUACUUGAAUUGACAGAAAACUGUUAAAAUGAAGAACUGUGUCGGAAAUGAUUCUGAAAUGUGAUUUGCCAAUUAAGGGGCAAUUCAUUAAGACAGAGGGGUCUCGUUUUUGUAUCAAAAUCGAAUUGUUUGACCCGCUUUUAUAUAUCAUUUUUGAAGGUAGUUCACAGUGCAUUUCAGAUUCCUAAGAAGAGUUUAAGAAAAAAGAUGAAAGGAAAAUUGUAUAUCUUUAUGAUUAUGUAUUAUAUGAAAUGUAAUUAAUUCUUUAGGUGUUUGGAUUAUUAUGAAUUGAUUUUUUUAACUUAACAGGGUCUGGGUUUUGUAUCAAAAUCUAUUUUUGGACCCGCAUUUCUAGUCUCAAGACUUUUUAAGCAAUUCAGAAAAGAUCAAAAAAAAAUUAUUAUUUGAACUUUUAAUUAAGACAUUUCGAGGGUUGACUGUAAAAUUGUUUCAUGUCUUUCUUUAUUGCAUAUACAUCUAAGUUACUGCAAUUUUGCGGUCAACCCUCAUUUUGCUUAAGUGAUCUUGUAGUCUUAUGAUAAAUCAUAUGAAAAGUAAUAAAACAACAAUAUAUAUUUUUGCCUUUUCUUUCAUACGUCGGUUAGGUACCAUUUGCAAUCUUUGCGUACCAAAUUGCCUAACGAAGGCCGAGGAA